AUGUGUAAAGUCCGAAUGCUGAGGGCUUUGGUGGCGAGGCGACUAACCCAGGCCGCCGAAGAUAUAUUCGGCCUCUUUGAGAGGACGAUAACGGAGUACGAGGAGGAACUGUGUCGCUCCAAAGAGGAGAACGAGCGACAGCGGCUGCUACUGGACGCGUUUCUCAAGCCCAGUAGUGUACAAAUACAUGUGGAAGAUGUACCACAGCUGACGGACAUGAAAGAAGAAGUGACCCCCGACAGGCGCGAGUGGCGCGGCAGUGCAAAAAACCAAGAAACACUGGAUCCCCGCCACAUCAAAGAGGAAGAGUUCUGGACCAAUCCGGACGGAGAAACUGGGAACAGGCCAGGUGAUGAAGUGAGGUCCUCACCAUUUUAUCGCAGAAAAAGUCAGGAAAACAUUGAGUCAGAGUUUCAAACCAGCAGCUUGGCAGCAGAAGUUGCCGAAGACAUCAGCAAAGGACCGCAACCGUAUAGCCACGGCGAUGCAUCGGCCGACCGUUUGACGUCUGACUCAUCCAGCGAGGCUCUUCAUGGUAACCCAGACUCGCAGGAUCACGGCAAGAAGUUUCAGUGCUCCGUAUGUGGUAAGACGUACAUGUCCAGAGGCAGCCUGAACAGGCAUAUGAUGAAUCACAGCGGAGAGAGACCUCACAAGUGCUCGGUAUGCAGUAAGAAAUUCAUGCAGCGCUCGGAUUUAGUCAUGCACUUGCGCAGUCACACCGGAGUGAAGCCUUUCGCCUGCACGCUUUGCUGCUGGAAGUUUGCUAAAAAGAGCAGUCUGGCGUUGCACAUGAGGCGACACACGGGCGAGAAGCCUCACCGGUGCUCGGUGUGCGGCAAAAGAUUCCGGCACCGCUCCACGCUAGUGGAACACACUCACGUUCACAUCCAAGGCAGCGUUUACUCUUGCUCGUUGUGCGGCGCCGGAUUCCCCGGGAAACGCAGUUUGGUGGCACACAGGAAAACGCACAGAGGAGAACAGAUCCUUUCUUGCUCACUUUGCGGAAAGAAAGUGACAAGCGCCAGUUUUUUGGACUUACACAUGCGAAUGCAUACCAGAGAGAAAAUACACCCGUGAAAAUGAGACCAACAUAGAUGAUGUCGCCGUCUCAGAAGUACAUUUAAGUCAAGGCCUCAACCUUUCUUGUUGAUGAGAAACCCGUCAUCUGAGUAUUGCAUUCUUACACUACUCGCAAAAGGUUUGAAAAUUUGGGCUUUUAGGAUUUAAGGAUGAACCUAAAUUGCAAUUUCACUUUACAGGUGGACUUAAUGUAACCUUCCCCAAACUCUUAAAUACACUUUUUGAUAAAAAAAAAAAAAAUAAGCAAAAUAACUUGAACAAUUCAAUGGACCUCCCUCCCAAAAAAAAUCUGAUUUUUCCAGAUGGACAAACUUUAUUGGAGACCCAUGCACCACUCCAUGUAGAAAUGCUUUUCUGCAAUGUUACAGUGUGGAACUUAAGGAUCCCAGUGUGACAGUCUGAGCGCUCCCCCGUGCUGAAAAGUCUCCUUGUGAUGAAUGCGCAUGCAUUACUAACAGGGGAAC